UUUGGGCACUGCCCUUGCAGCAUGGCCGCCGGCGCUGCCGCCGCCUUGGCCGUCUUGAGUCAGGAGAGUCGAGGCCGGACCGGGGCUGUCGGGCCUCUUCGCAUUCCGGCACCAGUCACUAUGGACAGUUUCUUCUUCGGCUGCGAGCUCUCCGGGCAGACGCGCGCUUUCACCUUCAAGGUGGAACACGAGGAUGACGCGGAGCACGUGUUGGCACUGACCAUGCUCUGCCUCACCGAGGGGGCCAAGGAGGAGUGUAACGUGGUAGAAGUGGUGGCCCGGAGCCAUGACCACCAAGAGAUUGCAGUCCCUGUGGCCAACCUCAGGUUGUCCUGUCAGCCCAUGCUCAGCCUGGAUGACUUCCAGCUCCAACCACCUGUCACCUUCCGCCUGAAGUCGGGCUCGGGCCCCGUGCGCAUCACUGGGCGGCACCAGAUUGUUACCAUAAGCAAUGAUGUCUCCGAAGAAGAGGAGAGUGAGGAAGAAGAGAGUGACGGGGAGGAUGCUGAGCUGUGCCCCAUCCUGCCAGCCAAAAAGCAGGGGGGCAGGUCUUAGCCCCCCUGGCUAGCUGUCUGCUGUGUGUGCCCUGCACCAUGUUCCUGAACACAUGUCAAGGAUGUCACAAUUCUCCUCUCCAUUGAAGAGCAGGCCUGGGGACAGGGGCUGGGAGUGACAGGCUGCACCAGGCCUGGUGUGUCCCCCUUCUCCAGGACUGUGAGGAAUUCUGACCUUCAGUUCUGACCUUGUCACCUCACCUCCCUCCGCAGGUUGGAGGCGGUGUUGGCAGCUCGCAAGAAGACAUUUUUUAAAAAACACUUUUUACAAUUUUUUUUUUUUUUGGAUGACAGUUGCAAUAAAGUUGGCUGAGGGUGGUU